UUUGCAUUAAAAUGAGGCUGUCACGGCCAAGGACGGCGUUUGUUUCCAGGUUCCUGUCUGUGGUAAUUAUAUUCAUCUUUACCUUUUACUGUGGACGCCUGGUUUUCCUCCAGCUGACGUCUUCCAUUUUCACUGUGCACAAUAUAAGAGAACCAAGCCAAGAGAUGAAGUUGGGUGGAGAAGAGGAGAAACCACAAAAUUUGAACAUGAGAACUCGCUUCCUCCGGCCGCAUCGUAUUCUUCCAGAGGAAUUUCCUUACAAGUACCUAAUUAAUGAGCCUCAUCUGUGCCAUGGUCGAGUCUUCAUCAUCAAUAUGAUCCCAUCUGCUUUGUACAACUCUGAAUCACGACAAAGAAUUAGAAGCACUUGGGGCAAUAGAACAGCAACAGCGAGUACUGGUAUGGUGACAGUCUUCGUCUUGGGCGUCUACAACACUAAUAAGUGGCAACAACUCAUUGAAGAAGAAAGCCAAACCUACCACGACAUUAUUCAAGUGAACUUCAUUGACUCGUACCGCAACCUGACACUGAAGACAUUAACAAUUUUACACUGGACUAAGACUUACUGCCCGAGUGCCUCCUGGCUCCUGAAGAGCGACGAUGAUGUAUUUGUCAAUCCUUUUCCGCUUAAAGACAUUUUAACUAAUCACACUCAAGCUGGUUUUGCUUGCUCUGUGAAUAAUUUUAUAGGUGUGUGUCGCGAGGGGAAAAACUGCCCUAAAAAAUGGGCUGUAUCAUUGAAAGAGUACCAGCACAAGUCAUACCCUCCCUAUUGUAUGGGUGCUGCCUAUGCUAUCUCCUCCAAUAUGGUCAAAAAAAUAUUUGCCGAUGCCAAUAAAACGCAUCCAUUGCCAAUAGAGGACGUGUACUUCACUGGGAUCCUUGCUUCACGUCAUAUGGUUCAAUAUGUAGACUUGAGAAGUAGAUAUUUUUUAAAAUCCUUCAUCAGUGAAAAUUCGUGGAAUGGUACGAUCAUUUUCAGUUUGAUGAAUAGGAAAGUCAGAAAUGAAUUACAUUACCUUCUUUGAAAUAAAAUUAUGAAUUAUAACGAAGCCAUUCUUUCUCAUUAGGCUUCCAUAAGUCUGGCACAGAAAGCACAAAGCAACAUAAGAGUUGUCAUACUUCAGAAAUUAUCUCAACGACUACAACUGAGGUGGUGUAGUGGAUAAAGUGGUGAACGUGGGAUUGGGCAGACGUCCACGCGUAGGUUCGAAUCCAACCAUAUACUGCUUUGAAACUAUUCCAUUUGUAGAGUAGUUUAAAGUUAACUACAUGUCACCGUGAUACCCAGGUUCUAGGUAGUUACACCAAAGAUGUGCUCGGGUGGUGACAUGGGCCCUAAUAUGGCUGCCACUAUAAAUAAGAUUACCUGUACCACUAAUGGAGGGAAGCUGAACAGCACAUCCUACUUAUACUCUUGAAAUAUGCCUACAGGCGCUAUAGGCCUUAACAUAAGAAAAUAGAUAAUAAAUAAAAUAAAGAAAGAGGGCAAAGAUGCGGUAUUUCUUUGUAAAAAUCACACUAAUUCUUUGAGUUUUAUCUUAUUAGCUAUACGAACGAGAUAAACAAAUUAACAGAAUAUUUUGCGUAAUAGCGUCCCACGUCUUGUGUUCUGGAGAACUUUAACCGUAGACACACAGCCAUUGAAAAUAAAGAAAAUAAUACUGUUUGGAAAAAACCUAAUAAACCAUAUUAAUCAGGGUAAAAUUA